AUGCGGCUCGUAUACCAGAAACACGCAAUAUCGCUGCGAGUGCUCCCAAGAUUGUCGAUUAAUACUCAAGCUGCACCUUCUUUUUCACUUUCACGAUUGCAGAGAGCGCUGCGAGCAGAAGCUAUUGCGUCCGAACGUCCGGGGCUGAGCAGUGGUAACAAGACAUCCCCGCCUUCGCCGUUCCCUCCGUCCAGUCUCUAUGCCCGGCACGUUCGACCCGGUCUCCUUUGGGUUGCUUCGCUACAUCCCACGAAGAACGUCAACGUCACCGAGGUAGUCUCGUCAGUUUGCCGAGGCGAUAACGCAGCUCCUUGGUCAAAUUCGCCAUCGCUCUUCGACAUCCCUCUAGCCAUAAGCCUACGCCGAGUACAGUGCCGCUAG